AUGGCCAGUCCGCUUGGUGACAGUUCUGGUUUCCGUCCUCCUUUGGCAGAGAGUGCUGCAAGUAUUCCAAGUCUUCCGGUGACUCCAGGUGGAUUUCCAGCUUUGUUGGAUGCUGCGAGACAGCAGACGGAGUUAGUCUUUUGGAUUGUGAGGACGGUUCAAGAACAUGAAGGGAAACUGCAAUCUUUGUCAAGACAGCUAGCUGAUCAGCUCUCUGUGACGAAGUUGCUGAGUGAGGAUCGAAAGGCAUUCAGAGCAACGAACUCGAGGAAGUGGCAAGCGGGCCUAGGAAAUCGAGGUCUGAGUCGAGAGAGCUUCCAUUCGGCUGAUGGCUUCAGCGGAUCUCAGGGAGCCAGUAGCCCCACCUACCAAGACCUGAUGGACACCGACAAGACCCACAUUGAGGAAAAUGUUGAAACUGAUCUGGAACGUCAACACUCUGAAAAGAAGGAUGACGUUGAUGACCUGGAUGUGCUGAUGCCUGUGGAUCCUGCAGCUAGCCUGCCGGAAGAGCAAAAAGAAGAUCAAGCAGAACAUGGAAGAAGCGCUUCUUCCCGGCAACUCUCUGAGAUGGAAGUGGAUCCAGAUCCGCCCAAUACCAACCCAGCUGAUGGUGAUGCGCGAAGAAGUGCAAGUAUUGGCUCAGAUCCGCCGGUUCGCCGGUUCUCAUUCUUGGAAGGUGGCCGCAGACCCUCGACUCGCAGCUUGCCUCUCCAAGUUGAUCCAAGCUUUGCAGGGAACAUUAUCACAGAGGAGCGAUUGGCCCAGCGUUUGGAGGAACGCCUUCAACAGGCGUUGGCCGAGGAUGUUGAGCAUCGAUUGGAGGACUUGGCACAAUAUAUCCAAGAAGAGAUGUACCAUUUUGUUCUUGGACCGGACAUGAUGGAGCGAGUCAGGCAGGAGGCUUCCAACCUUUUACAAAUUGAAAUGGCAGUGGCUUUGGCCGCCCAAGACAAGAAGAUGGAGGAUCUUGUCAUGUCCAGAAUUGCCUCCGCUUUGGGGCAAUGGUCUCCAGAGAAUUCUGUUUCGUCAGAAGCUCUGAUGUCUUUACAUCAGACUUCGUCGCAGUUGGGAGAGUUCACAGAUGGACUUUCCAGGAGAGUGAAGUUGGUUGAGGAGAAUGUGUCUGAGUUGAAGGGCAUUCGGCUGCAAGUCCCAGACAUGCGUAAUGAUAUCACAACUUUGCAAUCAAAUCUGGCAGCAUGUGUUCAGAGCAUUGAAGAUCUUGAGGUGCAGCAGCAGGAGCUGGUGGCUGCAGGAGCGAAGCCUUCAAGAAAUGCUUCUCCAGCAAGACAACUACUUUCACCGUCAGGUAGUGCAACUGAUGAUCUCCUGGCAGAAGCACCUCGAGAUCCAGAGACAACACCAGCGGAGGUGCAAGAGCAUGUUGCGUCUCCGGUGCCUUCACCAUCGCAGGAUGUGAUUGGUGAAGACCCGCCAGAGAUUCCCAAGCCCAAGCGAAGGCUCAGUGACAUGCUUGGCUUGUACAUGCCUCCACCACCAAAACCGCCCGCUGUGGAUGACUCGCAGGUCAAGGAGCUCGUUGCGAGCAAUGACGAGAUAAAGAACAGACUGCAGCAAAUGGAACAGUUGGUGGGUUCAGCAGAUGCGAACAUGUCAAGCAGAAGAAACAGUCUGCAGAACAAGAUCAAUGACAUUGACACAUUGGCAUCCAUCCUGGAGGAUCGAAUGAGAGAACUGGAUAGCGAGUUCCGAGUCACCAAUCAGAAGGUGCAGUCACAGCUUGACGUCCUGCUCGCUGCCCACGAGACUCAACAAGCUGAGGACCUAAAGCACAAUAAGACUUGGAACUUGGCGAAUCAGGCCAGCAUGAGAUGGACGACUUCUGACCGGCACAGACUCGGCCAUUGGCAUCGUUCUUUGCCAGCUGUCCAGCCCAGCGAGUUUUGGCUACAGCAGGGCAAGCUUAGAGCGCCCGCACCGCGAGUGCUUGCAGAGCCCGCCGGCUGCUGGUUGCCAGACAGGUGGGUCACAAAAUCCAGCCGAUACAGCUACGGGGCUUCGCGGCGAUUGUCAGUGGCUGGAGCAGCUGCUGCAGGGGUUGGUGGCUUGUACUUGGUGUGUCCACCAGGAGACAGAUACAAUAUUGACAUCAAGCCAAUAUCAGAUGAGGUUUUUAACAACCACGACAAUUUGUUUGUCUUCUACUUCGAGAAGGCCGAGGACCUGAAUGAACGGAGUGAGGAUUUUCACCGUGUGAUCAGCUCUCUGGUGCAAGAGCCGGUUUUGAAGAAAGUGACGUACUACCAGAACGUUCGAAAAGAUGGUGAUCCUGCUCUGCCUGGUGGUGAAGAGAGAGAGGACAAACCUCUUCGAGUGGUCAUGUACAAAGGACAAAGAAAGUCAGUUUUGCUAAUUGGCGACAAGAUCCCAAAGGAGGAGAUUGUGGACUUCUACAAGCCAGUCUCCCAGGACCUGUCGAAAAUAAAGGUGCCCAAAAAGGUACCAAUGGUUUCAAACUCAUCAUUCCACAAGGAUGUGCUGGAAGCAUCUGGACCUCGCAAGCCAAUGGUGCUGCUGCAGAUGUUUGAGGACACUUGCUUUUUGUGCUUUCUGAUGAGACCCUUCGUCAACUCCCUGGCCGCUUUGACAGCCACCAGGCACCAUUUGUCAUUAAGAGGAUAA